AUGACUACCACGAUUCUACUGGUUGAACCCCUGAGAAAUCUACUGUACUACGCUUACCUGGGGGAGAAGCGAGUGCUGUCGCAAACGCGAUUAGUGAAACAUUUUUCCUUUAUUAUAAAGGCCCCCGAGGUGGCGGAUGAGCCCUCUCACGAGAGCCCCCUGCUCGGCGAAGUGUGCGCGCUCGGCUUCAGUGCGUGUGGCCGCAAGCUGUACUGCCUUUCGCUGUCUCUGGCAAAGAAACAAGACGAUCUGGAAACAUUUCUGCCCAGCCCCGCAGACCUUGAUGGGGAGCCCUCUCGUCUCGCAAACACUCAAAAAGAAGGCGUAGAAUUGCUCGGCAAACGGGGACUCAUCACGGCAGUCUCUAUAACUGUGUUUGACACGGCUGCAUGCUCAGAAGUCACGCGAACGGAGAUUCACGUUUCUGGCCUCGGCUCCACACCCCGACGGCUCUCGGUUUGUCGAACGAACCCGAACCUGAUCGCCCUCUGGUCUCGCACCAGUUUGAGCUUCGUCGAGUUACUCGCGACGGGAGAGAAGCCCACGUCGGCGGCCAACGUUACUGAGGCGAUCGGCGAAGAAGCGGGGUUCGCAAUUGUCGACCUGACUUGGUUUUCUUUGCCUCUGAAGAGACCCGAGAAAGACUUGUGUUGCUGUUGCGUCGCCGCGAGUACAGGAAUCAACUUUGUGUUUCAACUGACCGAGGAGAAAAGUGUCGUUGCAGCGAAGAUCCUGUGGACCUUCCGGACUUCUUCUAGCGUCACUUGCUUGCUUUUUUCUGAUCCGUACCUCGUCACUUGCCACAGCGACCUGUCUGUUCUCUUCUCCAAACGCAACACGGAAUUCACCACCCCGUUCGAUCCCAGCGGGUACCCCGACGACCACAAGAAUAGCCUCCUGUCUCGCAAGUCUACGCUUCGCCUCCUGACGCGCCAGGUUGCCGCCGAUGGGCUCCAGCAGCCUCUUCUCGAGGCAACUGUGGCGAGGGACGCUCUCUCAAGUGUUUUGUUUCUGCCUAGCAAGAAAGGCGUCUUUGAUUUCUUCCAGAGAGUCAACCUAGCGAACAGCGCUGCUUUAGAUCUGCCUCAGACUCUCGACGGAGGUGACCAGCCUCAGGCAGGCUCCAAACGCCUUUCCCAAAGCGACAAGUCUCGCAAGCUGUCGUCGAUGCGUCCCCGUGGAGAAGGCCUUGACAACGGAGCUGCAGCGAUUGCGCACGUGAAGCUGGAGACGAGGCUUCUCGGACUUUCCUCCCAUCAGCCUCUCGUUGGACUCGUCACCCGCCACAGGCGGACAGGGGCGCCUCAGCUGGGCCUUCAAGUCGACACCGUGACUGCCACGUGCACAGGUUUGAUAAGGACCAGCAUGGUGCAACUCGUUGGCCUCGACAACCGCCCCGCUCGUUCGAAAUCCACGUGCGUCCCCAAGUCCCACAUUUCUCUGCCGUCGAGGCUGAGUUGUCUGGGCAGCUCCGAGCAUGCAAAGCUCGGCUGGGUGGUCCUCGCAGGAAGUGAAAAAGGAGUGCUCCGGUGGCUGAACCUCGAUGAGGCGCGACUUGUCAGAGAACUGCGAGUGGCGGAGGGACCUGUGCGCGGCCUUACUGCCUGUCCGGAAGGCGUGGAGGGCGCCGCGGCUUCUUCGCUUCUCUGGGGCGCGCUUUUCGACGACGACACACUCGCUUUCCUGCGAACCACGGACGAAUCGCUCUCUUUCUCGUCUGCGAACUCGAAGGAUUUCGUCGUCCUUGGAACAGUUUCGCUUUCGACAGCUCUAGGCCUUCACAAGAAGUGUCCCCUUGGAGCGGUUCUCCUGGAUUGUUGCCCCGCGGCCCUCUGUGUCCUCGACAUGGGCGUCUACGUCGGCACCUCCCGGGGCGAAGUCUUCUGUUUCGAUUUCCCUCAGCUUCUGGGAGAGCAGCAGGAUCUCAGCAGAGGCGUCGGCGCUUUGCUUCGAAGUCCUCCAGCUUCUCCCUUGUACUCCCUCUCUGUCACAAACAGUCCGGUCCGCAGCCUUGCGGUGCCUUCGUUAGUCUUCGCCCCGGUUUCCGCUUCUGUCUCCGCCCCUGUCUCCCCUCCGUCUUCUUCCCUCUCUUCCUCUUUCCUUCCUUCCUCCGCGGUUCCCGCUGGACCUUGCGGUCCACUGGGCGACGCAGUGCUUCUUGUCGCGACUUCGAUGGACGGUUGCGCGCAUGCAGUUCGAAUGCCUCGCAGGAGACGGGCUGAGCCGAACCGCGGAGGCUCCACCGCCUCGAGAGUCUCCGAAGGGCGGGAAGCUAUUGUCUCCCAAGCCCCGCAUGCAGCCUCUGCGAGCGACGCCAGUCGCCAUCUCUGUCGAGUUCUCUGGACGCGCGACCUUCGAUGCAGCCUCGCCAGCUGCGGCUCCUCGGUGUUCUCUUCGGCGCUCGCGUUUGCUUCUCCUGCAGGGGAAAUCCACACUUUGGUCGCGACGAGCAUGGGCAGAGACGGCCUCCUCCUGUGGACGCCGCUCGUCGAAUCCGGAAACGAGCACAGUCCUGAUCGCUCCAGUCCCGUCGCCCAGUCUGAAGCCGCGCGGCUCUUCUGCGAGGUCCAGAGAACGUCCGCGAUCGAGUACUUCCAGAGUGAUCGACAAGAAGAGACAAGGAGCGCACGUGGAACAGGGAGAAGAUGCCUCGGCUCUGACGACGCGUGCGUCGAAAUUUGGAGGCCUGUCGAGCCCUCGGUCGAGAAGCAGCUGACGUGGACGCGCCUCGGGGCAGAAGCUGUGAAAGAGGCGCAAAAAACGAAGGAGGCGCUCGAAGCUGAGAUGAAGACGAUACGCGACGCCCUGAACAGCCUCAUUCGGGAAAACGAGACCCGCUCCAGCCUCGAGGCUCUUCCCCGCGAAGCGUUUUGCAUCGACGUGGAAGUUCGCGAGAAGAUUGCGGCCGAGAUUGAGCAGGAGAGGAAGAAAUUCAGGACGCGCCAGCACCUCCAAGCGGUGGCUUUCCGAGCGCUCCAGGAUCGUUUCACGGAGAAGUUUUGGAAGAACAUGAAGCGGCCUGGACGCGCCAUCGCUUCACUUGCAGAAAAACCCGAAAUCGUCAGAGACUUUCCAGUCGCGUUUCCGCCAGUGGAGCAAGCGAUGAUGGAAAGGAAAGUUAGGUUUCUCCGAGAGCUCGAGAAACGCGAGAAGAAGUGGCUGCAAAGCGCAGCGGCAAGCGACAAGUCUUUGCUGCGAAUGAAAGUCGAAGAUGGAGUCAUCUCCAUGCCUUGGCUAGAGCGCAUGCAAGAAGAGUACAUCACCCACGCCUGGACAGAGAGAGACAUUCACGAAUCUCCGUCGGGGAGCGGAGAGGCCUCGACAGCUGUCGAAGGGACGGAGCGGCCGGCCGGGGCCUCCGACGAAGGACCGUUUUUUGAGCACGUGAACAAAUUACGAUCGUUGCUCUACCCCGCUCUUGAAGUUCUCUCCGUGUCGCGGCGGCGGAUGCAGAGCUGUCUCUUAAACCAAGUCGCCGCUGCACUUCGCGAUGCGUUCAACAAGAUCUUCGAUAGAGUGGCGGCAGAGAAAAAGAGAACGGUUGAUCAAAUCACCCAACGAGUCAAGAUGGCGCACUCGCUUGCAGAGGAACUUAAAUGUGAACCUGGCGUAGCCGCCUACACUUUUUCCCCAUGCGAGGAUCCAGGGGCGCUACUCAAGAUCUCCAAAGACGAUGUUCUCUCUGAACUAGGUUUCGUGCCGAGUUGGUUUACUGCGCGAGAGGAAGACGCCGCACGAAAUGAGGGAAACCCGGACGCUGGCCUGGAUGACGCCUCGUCCCGCGCUCUUAAACAGAUGAUGGAUGGUCACUUGAAAAGCAAAAAGGACAUGAGCGCUCUGGAAGUGAAAGUUGAAAGGGAGUCAUGGAUGAGUGAGGUCAAACCGGAAGACAUGACGGAAACUCAGAGAAAGAAGGUGGCUGAGUAUGAAGAGAAGGCGGCGCAGCUGACAGCCCUUCAAGAGGCCUACCGGAAGAAACAAGAGGGGAACCUUCAACGCGUUAAAGAGGAAAUCCGCGAGUUGAAGCAAAAAUUCCAUGACAAGUUUAAUCACCUCCAGGCGAAGCGGCGAAAGCAAUCUCAAGCUCUUCCGUCUGCAUCCUCUCCAUCAGAAGCGCCAGCGGCUGAUCUGAAGAAGCAAGCGUCUUUUCAUGUGGGGGCGGGGAUGCCUUCUGAUCUCGCAGAAGACGUUAAGAGUCCGGACGGAGUCGAUGAAACUCUUUUCCGAAAGGUUCUCCAAGCCCGAGAAGAUAAGAGGGCGACCGAAAACCGCCUCGCCGCCAGUUUCGCGUCUUUGGAACGAGUCAGACGCUACAUGAGUUGCAUGCAGCAGAGACAGCAACGGGACGCGUCGGUUGAGGCAGCUUUGGUUGAAAAGAUUUCGGAGGAGCGGCACGCCUUGGAGAUGUUGGAGUUGGAUGUGAAGCUGCUUGUCGAAAUAAAGCAGGGACACAUAGAAGUUACUUCACCUACGCCUGUUACGACUUACGAGGGCGCCUGUGUGGUCCAUAAAGAAGCUAUUGAACGCUGCAACAAAACGAUUCUGGCAAUAGGGAAACAAAAGAUCGAUACCCUCGAAAUGAUCAAGGAAUUUCGGAGAAAGAUUGUCAUGCUCGACUGGGAAAAAACAGUGCUCGAUGCAGAGGCGAGAGAAGUGGAAGAAAGGACGAAAGAUGUUCACAUGUUCCGUGUCACGAAGGAAAUCCAGAACUAUCUGGCGGCCAGCGCCCAUCAGAGCGAGAAAAGUCCACAAGAGGGGCGGGCGAAAGACGCGAUGCCAAAAGAUUCGACAGACUCGCCGCUGGCGGAAAACUCCGGGGCAAAGAUCGCUGAUCAGCUCUACACGCCCCAGUCCGACCACCCAGGCGCAGUGCAUCGUAACUCUCAGCUGGAUGCGCUGGACAAGAAGAUUCGCGAGUUGCAACAAGACAUAAAAAAGAAGACGUCUGAGAAUGCUGUGCUCAAGAAGCUUGCGAGUGAUCUCCAGCAGAAUGUCGCCUACGGUCAAAAAAUACGGCAGUUGAGAGAGAGACCGCCUGGGCAACCUCCGAGGGAUGGCAGUCCUAUCGCAGGGGCGAUGGACGCUCGCGGGCUAAAUCAUCAGUUCACUAGCCUGCAGUACGUGCGCCGCCUCCAACAUGCAGCCAGGCGCCAUACGGACGAGAUCGACAAGCUUCGUGAAGAACUGAACAGGCUUCGCGAGAGAUCAGUUCCUAUGUUCGAAGGUGGCUGA